UACCCACCACCCAUCCACCUCUCUCUCCCUCAUUUAACAUCGUCAUCCUCUGCAAAAACCACCUCUUCCCAGUUGGAAAGCGACUAACCCAUCACCUUCCCCAUUUCUCCAUAUAUAUCUUUCUUCUCCUUGUGCCAGCCAAAUAGAAGAAUUAAAAUGCCUGCGGAUCCUUCAAAUUCAUCUCUCUUGCUCCACAGAAUCACUAGUAACACGGCGGCGGCGACAUAUAACUCCACCGCCCCGGCAAUACCUUCUGCCAAUGAUCAUUCCUUCAUGCUUUGCCAAAAACGGUAUCCUUUAGCCUGCACUAUGCCCGUCCCCGACAUCGUCGCUCGCCACCACACCCAUCUCAUCGGUCCCAAUCAGUGCUGCUCCGCCGUCGUUCAGCAGAUCGCCGCUCCGGUCUCCACCGUAUGGUCUGUUGUCCGCCGCUUCGAUAAUCCCCAGGCUUACAAGCACUUCGUCAAGAGCUGUCACGUCAUCGACGGGGACGGUGAAGUUGGUACCCUUCGUGAAGUCAACGUCAUCUCGGGACUCCCCGCGGCGAGAAGUACCGAGCGCCUCGAGAUCCUCGACGACGAGCGUCACGUUCUCAGCUUCAGCGUCGUGGGUGGAGACCAUAGGCUGGCUAACUACAGGUCGGUGACGACCCUCCACGCUUCGGCUACGGAGAACGGAACGGUGGUCGUGGAAUCGUACGUGGUGGACGUACCGCCGGGGAACACCAAAGAGGACACGUGUGGGUUCGUCGACACUAUCGUUCGGUGCAACCUGCAGUCACUGGCUCAGAUCGCCGAGAAUCUAGCCAGGCGCAAAUAGCAAAUCAACGUAGAACAAUUCAUUUUCGUGAGUAGAUUCACAAGCCUCCAUCAAGAUAGAUUAAAUCUCUACCUCUUUCUCUAAUGCAUGUUCUUUUUUUCCCCCAAAACGGAUAAUCUUUAGUGAUACGCCGUCGAUUUUGUGAGUA